ACGCCCCGACACUGUAAACGGCUCUGCAACUGGAGGCAUGGUCGUCCUCGUUUGCUUAUGGGUCUUGCUGUGGGAACAGGCUCACGGAUGGGGAUUCAAGAACGGAGUCUUUCAUAACUCCAUAUGGCUUGAACAAGCAGCGGGCGUGUACCACAGAGAAGCUCGUGGUGGCAGGUACAAGCUCACGUAUGCAGAAGCCAAGGCCGUGUGUGAAUACGAAGGUGGCCGUCUCGCAACCUACAAGCAGCUAGAAGCAGCCAGAAAAAUUGGAUUUCACGUCUGUGCAGCUGGCUGGAUGGCCAAGGGCAGAGUUGGAUACCCCAUUGUGAAACCUGGUCCCAACUGUGGCUUUGGGAAAACGGGCAUUAUCGAUUAUGGGGUCCGGCUCAACAGGAGCGAGCGAUGGGAUGCCUACUGCUACAACCCACACGCAAAGGAGUGUGGUGGUGUCUUUACAGAUCCGAAGCGAAUUUUUAAAUCUCCAGGCUUCCCAAACGAAUACGACGACAACCAGGUCUGCUACUGGCACAUCCGGCUCAAGUACGGCCAGCGAAUUCACCUGAGCUUUUUGGACUUUGACCUUGAACAUGACCCAGGCUGUUUGGCUGACUAUGUGGAAAUCUAUGACAGUUAUGAUGACAUCCAUGGCUUUGUAGGAAGAUACUGUGGUGAUGAACUUCCAGAAGACAUCAUUAGCACAGGAAAUGUCAUGACCUUGAAGUUUCUGAGUGAUGCAUCCGUCACAGCCGGAGGUUUCCAGAUUAAAUAUGUCACAGUGGAUCCUGUAGCCAAAUCCAGUCAAGUCAAAAACACAACUACUGCUGGAAAUAAAAAGUCCUUAGCUGGAAGGUUUAGCCAUCUAUAA